AUGGGACGUCAGAAGCAAACAACACCUCUCCAGAGAGCCCCGUCUUCUCAAUUGAUGCACGAUGAUGCCGGCGCGCCCAAGUCCGCGAAUGGCAGUUCCAUACCUAAUGGGAGCGCAUCUGAGAAAGCAUCAGCAGUCUUGGAAACUGUUGCCGAGACUCCUGGAUUGGCCCAGCUGGUAAUCUGUGUCCUUGGUAUCUACGCAGCAUUUCUCUCAUGGGGUGUUCUCCAAGAAGCGAUUACAACGACGAGCUACCCCGUACGCCCACCAACUGCCGCUGAGCCUGAACCGCCUACAGAGCGAUUCACCUAUUCCCUCGUUCUAAACACCAUCCAAUCCUCCUUUGCUGCGACAACAGGCUUCAUCUACCUCCUGAUCUCUACACCCAAGGGCCAAAGCACCCCAUCUAUCUUCCCAACGAGUCGCAUCCUGGUCCCUCUCAUCCUAGUUGCUAUCUCCUCAUCGCUCGCCUCCCCCUUUGGCUACGCCAGUCUUCAACACAUCGACUAUCUGACCUUCAUCCUCGCGAAAUCAUGCAAGCUUCUUCCUGUCAUGGUCCUGCACCUGACCAUUUUCCGCAAGAAGUAUCCUUUAUACAAAUACGGUGUUGUGUUGAUGGUCACUCUCGGCGUUGCUACGUUCAGCCUACACCACCCAGGAACCAGUAAGAAGGUCGCUGCGGCGAAUUCGGGCUCUUCCGGCUGGGGCAUUUUCCUACUGGCCAUCAACCUUCUGUUGGAUGGUCUGACCAAUACCACACAAGACCACAUCUUCAGCUCGCCCAAGCUCUACACGCGCUUCACCGGACCCCAGAUGAUGGUUGCGCAGAAUGUGCUUUCAACCGUGCUGACAGCUACAUACCUUCUUGUCAUGCCGCAUCUCUCCCAGAGCGGCGUUUUGCACAACCUCUUGCCAUUCCCUAUCCCUCCAUCCACGGAGACUGAGCUGUUCGGCGCUAUUUCCUUCCUCACCCGCCACCCAGAAGCGCUCAAGCAUGUCCUUGGGUUCGCGGCUUGUGGUGCUGUCGGUCAACUGUUCAUUUUCCAUACUCUUUCCCGUUUCUCCUCGCUGUUGCUUGUUACCGUCACCGUCACACGGAAGAUGUUGACGAUGCUUCUUAGUGUCUUCUGGUUCGGUCAUUCUCUGUCUGGCGGUCAGUGGCUAGGAAUUGGCCUGGUCUUUGGUGGCAUUGGCGCCGAGGCCGUGGUCCAGAGAUCAGAGAAGAAGGCGAAAGAGCGCUCUAAGGUCGAGGCCAAGAAAGAGUUGUAA